GAAAAACGGAAGCUUCAGCCAUUUUAAGUAGGCCACUGGACUGUGCUUUUUACUAUUCUUGAAAAUAGAUAAUAUAGACCUGACUGUUUCAGCAUAAUAUAAGCAAUUGAGGUAAAUGACCAGUUAACGCUACUCAGUGUAAAUGUCUUAAGUAUAUUAUUUUUCUUCUGUUGUUCGGUUCAUGCUGCAGAUCUCUGGUUCAGGGCGCGGUCCAGAAACGGAUCUCUGACAAACAGGAGGAGGAUUUCAAUAACUCUCCGGAUCAUAUUUAUACACGAAACUCUACAACAAGAUGAAGAGCGCACUUACAGUUGUUCUUUUCCGAUUAUUCACGAUCGGUGUGUGUGUUGAUGGAUAUGAAGUGUCAGUAACAGAGGGAGAUUCAGUCACUCUAAAGUCUGGUGUUACUGAAUUAAAGACACUUGAUGAGAUUGAGUGGAUGUUCAAUGGAACUCUUAUAGCUACCAUCAGCAGAGGUGACAGUGGGAUCUCAGUAUGGGUUAAAGCUGAUGGGUCAUUCAGAGACAGACUGGAGCUGGACAAUCAGACUGGAGAUCUCAAGAUCAGCAACAUCAGCACCACAGACUCUGGAGAAUAUAAACCACUGAUCAGCAGCCCCAGUGGAUCCCCCCCAGAGGUGACAUUCACUGUCAAAGUUGUGCCUGCUGCAGUGAAGUCAGUGUCAGUGCUGAAGGGAGAUACAGUAACUCUACAGACUGGUCUUACUGAAAUACAGAGAGAUGAUGUGAUACAGUGGAGGUUUGGACAGCAGAAAUCUCCAGUAGCUGAAAUCAAUAGAAAGGCUGGAAACGUCAACACUGUUGAUACUGAUGAGAGAUUCAGAGGCAGACUGAAGCUGGAUCAGACUGGAUCUCUGACCAUCAACAACACCAGAACCACAGACUCUGGACUUUAUGAAGUUGAGAUCAGCAGCAGCAGAAGCAGACACACCAGACACUAUACACGGUCAUUCAGUUUGACUGUCAGGGAUUAUGUGGAGAAAGUGUCAGUGCUGAAGAGAGAUUCAGUCACUCUACACACUGGUCUUACUGGAACAGACAGAAUUGAACAGAUACGAUGGACGUUUGGAGAUGAUGGCAAAUUCAUUGCUGACUUAAACGGCCCUGCUAACCAGGACAACUUUGGUCUGAAUAAACAGACUGGAGACCUCAUCAUCAGAAACAUACAAACAGAUCAGAGUGGAGAUUAUAAAGUGGAGAUCAACACCAGAACAAUGAUCUUACACAGGAAAUACAAAAUUACUGUGGUUGAUUCUGUGGAGCCAGUGUUAGUGCUGAAGGGUGAUAAUGUCACUCUACGCACUGGUCUUACUGGAACAGAGAGAAUUGAACAGAUACGAUGGACGUUUGGAGAUGACGAAGUCAUUGCUGACUUAAACGGCCCUGAUAACAAGGACAACUUUGGUCUGAAUAAACAGACUGGAGACCUCAUCAUCAGAAACAUACAAACAGAUCAGAGUGGAGAUUAUAAAGUGGAGAUCAACACCAGAACAAUGAUGUUUCACAGGAAAUACAAAAUUACUGUGAUUGAUUCUGUGGAGCCAGUGUCAGUGCUGAAGGGAGAUAAUGUCACUCUACACACUUAUCUUACUGGAACAGAGAGAAUUGAACAGAUACGAUGGACGUUUGGAGAUGAUGGCAAAUUCAUUGCUGACUUAAACGGCCCUGCUAACAAGGACAACUUUGGUCUGAAUAAACAGACUGGAGUCCUCACCAUCAGAAACAUACAAGCAGAUCAGAAAGGACUUUAUAAAGUGGAGAUCAAAACCAGAACAAUGAUGUUUCACAGGAAAUACCAAAUUACUGUGAUUGGUCCAGGUUGGUCUUCAGGUGCUGUAGCAGGGUUUAGUGUUGGUAGUGCUGCUGUGGUUGCUGCAGCUUGUUUGAUUUGCUAUUGCUACAAGAAGUAUAAGAACAGUUCCUGCAGAUAUUAUGAUCGAGGUUGAUCUCAACAGCUUUUUCUGCAUGUUUUUCAGGAAGUGAACAGACCAAACCAUGCUUUGAAUGGGACACAGGACACAGCUGAUCGUGCUGAUGAAGAGACUGAAUUGACCAACGCUUCUUGAAAUGCGCUGAUGCUGAUAUUGCACUGAUAUUAUGUUAUUUUGUAUUAAAGGCCAGUUUGACUGAUUUACAGUAAUGCAGGAUGUUACACUGUGAAACAGCUUGAUUUUAUUAAACUUGUAAGAUUAUGCAUAAAUAAUCUCAAGAUAAUUAAUGUAUAGCUAUACACUGAAAAAAGCAAUAAGUAAAUUUACUUAAUUUUUAUUUGGCAAGUUUUUGCACAAGCAUUUUUCAAGUAAAUUUAACACAUUUGGAAA